AUGGUAUCUGAUGAGAGCUACCAACCACCUGCUGGCCAAGGUUCAAUCCCUGAAAUCACGGUUCAAGCUCCGCAGCUAAUCGUCCCCGCCCCUGGCUCAGAUGGUCAAGAUGAGACGAUAUCCUUAGGAGUAUGCACACGACAGAGGUCAUCCAGCAACCUAACAGCAGUCGAUAGCCAAUAUACAGGUCGAGAACGGACCAUGAGCGGCAGCACGAUGGCACCCGGAAGCUCGCACCUAGAAUUACCAGACGAGAAACGAAAGUGUUCCGUGAGCUCGGCAUCCGGAUCAAGUAUAUUCUCUACGAAAGAACAAGAGGACGCUCUUCGACCGGAUCCAGGCAACGAGAAAGACUUCUAUGUCGAUAACAACCCGUUUGACUUUUCCCCAGGUCAACUCAAUAAGCUGUUAAACCCGAAGUCCUUGUCUGCGUUUGUUGCCCUCGGUGGGCUUCCUGGAUUAGUCAAGGGUCUGCAUACCGAUGCCACGUCAGGUCUCGGUGCUGAUGAGACGACAAUCUCUAUCCACGAUUCGUCAGCAGCGAGCCGGUUCUCGGAAUUCUAUGCUGAUCGGAUCCGCGUGUACAAUAAGAACGUCCUUCCGGAGAAGAAAGCAACUCCGUUGUGGAAGUUGGUAUGGAUGGCAUACAACGAUAAGGUCCUACAUCUCUUGACCGUGGCAGCUGCGAUAUCUCUAGCACUGGGGCUUUACGAAACCUUUGGAGUUCGUCAUGAACUUGGUGAGCCCAUGCCUGUGGAUUGGAUUGAGGGCUGCGCGAUAUUUAUCGCUAUCAUUAUAGUGGUUCUCGUUGGCUCGCUCAAUGACUACCAAAAGGAGCGAGCCUUUGUCAGGUUGAAUGCAAAGAAGGAGGAUCGUGAGGUGACAGUUAUUCGUUCUGGGAAAACAGUUCGAAUCUCCGUGUACGAUGUGCUCGUUGGUGAUGUGCUGCACUUAGAACCCGGAGAUAUCAUGCCGGCUGAUGGAAUUUUCAUCGACGGCCACAAUGUGAGAUGCGACGAGUCUUCAGCUACUGGCGAGUCGGAUCAGUUGAAAAAGACCGGUGCAGAACGCGUGAUGGCUCUGUUAGAGCAGGGCCACAAUAAACUUCAAGAUAUGGACCCUUUUAUUAUCUCCGGGAGUAAGAUCCUUCAAGGUGUUGGGACAUGUCUUGUCACUUCAGUCGGCGUGAACUCGAGCUAUGGUAAGAUUCUCAUGGCAAUGCGACAGGACAUGGAGCCCACGCCUUUGCAAAAGAAACUCGACAAGUUAGCCGGAGCCAUCGCAAAACUAGGUAGUAGUGCUGCUAUUCUAUUAUUUUUUGUCCUGCUCUUCCGAUUCCUUGGUACCUUGUCAAAUAAUCCUCGAAGCAGCGCGAAAAAGGCAUCUCAGUUUACGGAUAUUUUGAUUGUUGCUAUCACGGUCAUUGUCGUUGCUGUCCCAGAAGGCUUACCACUCGCUGUUACACUAGCACUUGCAUUUGCCACUACUCGCAUGGUCAAGCUUAACAAUCUGGUUCGGGUGUUAAAGUCCUGUGAAACAAUGGGAAACGCAACAACUGUAUGCUCCGAUAAAACGGGGACUUUGACUCAGAACCGAAUGGCCGUGGUCACUGGAGUUUUUGGAGGCCAGAGAUUUGACGACAAGAACGAGACGGGUACCGAGCAACGAUCCAAUUCGUUCGCAACGGAGAUGACAUGCGAGUAUAAGCGCCUUCUGAUUGAAUCGAUAGCCAUCAACUCGACGGCAUUCGAAGGCGAGGAUAACGGGGUUGCCGGCUUCGUUGGCUCUAAGACCGAAACGGCUCUUUUAGGGUUCGCUCGCGACGUGCUUGGGAUGAGAUCGUUAGCGGAGGAACGCGCCAAUGCGAAAGUGGUACAACUGAUGCCUUUCGACUCGAGUCGCAAAUGCAUGGGUGUUGUCAUGCGACUUCCUAACGGCACCCAUCGGUUCCUUGUGAAGGGUGCCUCGGAAAUCCUGCUUGGGUACAGCUCGGCUAUCUGGAAGCCCUCUGGUGUUGAGUAUCUCGAUAUACAUGAGCGGCAACAGCUGGAAGACACCAUUUUGACCUAUGCAAAACAAUCCCUCCGUACGCUUUCCUUGGUUUAUCGAGAUUUCUCCGUCUGGCCUCCACAGAAUGGUAUCUCUGCCGACGAUCCCGCAGCGGUCGAUCCCGGACUACUGCUCAAGGACAUGGUUUUCCUAGGCGUGGUUGGCAUACAAGACCCUAUUCGUCCUGGCGUGCCCGAAGCUGUAGCCAAGUGUCAUCAUGCUGGCGUGACUGUUCGCAUGGUCACCGGGGACAAUAUGGUCACAGCUAAAGCUAUUGCAACCGACUGUGGGAUCUACACCAACGGCGUGGUCAUGGAAGGUCCUCAUUUCCGUACCUUAUCAGAUGAACAAUUUAACCAAAUUCUGCCGAAUCUUCAGGUCCUUGCACGGUCCUCACCAGAAGACAAACGGAUCCUCGUUACCAAGCUGAGAGAAAUGGGUGAGAUUGUUGCCGUCACGGGUGAUGGCACGAACGAUGGCCCGGCGCUGAAGGCUGCCAACAUUGGAUUUUCGAUGGGCAUUGCCGGGACUGAGGUGGCAAAAGAGGCUUCAGCAAUUGUGCUGAUGGACGACAAUUUUGCUUCUAUAUUGACGGCGUUGAUGUGGGGACGAGCAGUGAACGAUGCAGUACGCAAAUUUCUGCAGUUCCAGAUCACCGUCAAUAUUACUGCGGUGUUCCUGACCUUUAUUUCGUCUGUCUCGGAUUCGGAGAUGAGAUCUGUGUUGACGGCUGUUCAGCUGCUCUGGAUCAACCUGAUCAUGGAUUCAUUAGCUGCCCUCGCCCUGGCAACGGACCCUCCGACAGAGCAAAUCCUAGACCGCAAACCACCCAAAGGCGGCGCGCCUUUGAUCUCCAUCACGAUGUGGAAAAUGAUCAUUGGACAGGCCAUAUUCCAACUCACAGUGACCUUGAUCCUCCACUUUGUCAAAGGGCCCGGAUUUCUGGACUAUCCUGAUAUCGAAAGACGAUCUAUCGUCUUCAACACAUUCGUAUGGAUGCAAAUCUUCAACGAAUUCAACAACCGUCGACUCGACAACAAAUUCAACAUUUUCACCGGACUGCACCGCAACUACUUUUUUAUCGUCAUCAACUGUAUCAUGAUCGGUUGUCAGAUCCUGAUUGCGUUUGUCGGGAAGACAGCCUUCAGCAUUGUUCCUAUCAAUGGGGUGCAGUGGGUGAUUUGUAUUCUGGUAGCAGCGCUAUCCUGGCCGUGGGCGAUUUGUGUUCGCAUAUUUCCGGAUAGAUGGUUUGCCGCUGCAGCCAGGUUUUUGGGGAGGCCUGUUCUUUCUGCGUAUCGACCUUUAAAUCGAGGCAUGAGUCGUCUGGGUGGAAUGAUUCGUUGGCGUCGAAAUAAACAAUCACAGGAUAUCAAUGAUGAGGCUGCUGCCGAGCCUGUUGCACACGAUAUGGAGAAGGUUUAG